AUGUCGACCCCGUACGCAGAGGACAUCAAAACCGCUCGCGCCGAGAGCCCCUUCGACGUCCCCUCUCUCCACGACUCUCCAGAGGCCACCCAUGCGCAGAUACAGCCCUCUGCACGGCCGCCGCUUGACUACUCGUCCGCCUUAGCUCUCGUGCGAAGCGUAUGGAGACGCUUCGUGAGCCUGUGGACCAAGCGGUUCAUCCUCUCCCUCCUCGCUGGCCAGGUCGUCUCGCUCUGCAUAACGUGUACGAACGUGACGACAACAGAGCUCCAGAACCGCAACUGGAAGCUGCCUACUACGCAGACCUUCUUCCUGUACUUCUCUCUAUGCUUAAUUUAUACGCCGUACACGAUAUACCAGUACGGAUUCGUAGGAUGGCUCAAGAUGAUCUAUAAGGAUGGCUGGAAAUACAUUAUUCUGGCCGCAUGCGACGUCGAGGGCAACUUCCUCGUUGUGAAGGCGUAUCAGUACACGACACUGCUAUCGUGCAUGCUCCUCGACGCAUGGGCGAUCCCUGUCUGUCUCCUCUUCUCUUGGAUAUACAUGCGCCCGAAGUACCACUGGACGCAGAUCCUGGGUGUGGUGAUAUGUAUAGGCGGCCUGGGCAUGUUAGUUGCCUCGGACGAGAUUACCGACAAGGACUGGCCGGAACUCAAUCGCGCUAAGGGCGACGUCUUCAUGCUCAUCGGCGCAUCACUUUAUGGAUUCACCAACGCAACGGAGGAGUUCUUCGUGCGGCGCUCGCCGCUGUACGAAGUCGUCGGGCAGCUUGGCAUGUGGGGCAUGAUCAUCAACGGCAUUCAGGCCGCAGGGCUUGAGCACCACGACAUGACACAAGCCAGCUGGAACGGCAAGACGAUCGGGCUGCUCGUCGCAUACACCGCGGCGAUGUUCAUCCUGUACACGGUUGCGCCGAUCCUGUACCGCAUGGCAUCCUCCGCGUACUACAACCUUUCCCUGCUCUCGAGCGAUUUCUACGGGCUGCUCUUCGGGCUCUUCCUCUACCAUUUCUCCGUGUACUGGUUGUACUUCCCCGCCUUCGCCGUCGUCCUGCUCGGGCUCAUCAUCUACUUCUGGCACGCGACGCCGGAGGAACAGGGUAAGCUGGAGCCCCGCGCGCCCGAGUACGUCGUUCAGCGCAACGGCGCAAACACCCGCAUCGCGGGACAGGUGUAGGCGCACUCACAUCUUGCUGGACGGGUCUGUACUUGUACUUCCUCUGAUCCUAUCAAUGGGGUCCACGACUGGGCGCGAUCGCUACAAAGUUGUGUCCCGAUCUGUCGGCGAAGACCGAAAUGCACCAGAGUCAAGCUGUACAAGACAGGUUGCGCCGGGUGUUUUGCUCGUGGGCUCUGUGACGCGGACGGCAAGUCGUUCAGUUAUAACCCACUCCUUGACACAAACCGCG